GCCGGUUAAUGCCCACAAUGCUGCAUGUGUAGGAGCAGGAGAGUACUACGGUUUUAUUAUAUGAUUAGUAUUUCUAAGCUCUCGCACAACAGUCGCCACACAGUACACUCUCACAGGCAGGCAGGAAGCUAGCUAGCUUAGCUAUAAUGGAGCAUCAUCAUCAUCAGGAGCUGGACCUUGAGCUCAGCCUCCAGCCCUUCUCGGCGGAUGCGGCGGCGGCGGCGGAUGACCCUCCCGGCUUCUUCGUCUGCACCUACUGCGACCGCAAGUUCUACAGCUCGCAGGCGCUCGGCGGCCACCAGAACGCGCACAAGUACGAGCGCACCCUCGCCAAGCGCCGCCGGGAGAUCGCCGCCGCCAUGCGCGCGCACGGCGCCCGGCAGGUCGACGCCGCCGCCGCAUCCACCUGCAGCAGGCCAGGCGGGGACCGAGCGCCCGCGGUGCAGUCUGCCGCCGCCUUGCUGCGCGGCAAGAGCAGCUCUCUGGAGCGCGGCGGCGUCGAGCGCGCCGCCGCCGAGUUGGACUUGUCUCUCAGGCUAUGAUAUGAUGCUUAAUUAACUGUCGUGCAUGUCUCGCUUAAUUUUUAGCCUUUCAAUUCGCUGCAUCUCUGUCUGUAUAUUUUUUCUUUUCUUUUCUUUUUUUAUUUUAGACUUCUAUAUAUGGGGAGAUAGCCAGCCCUGUAAGGCUUUGCCUGUUUCCCAAUAUGGUUUCUAGCUCGUUUCUCUCCAGCUGCAUGCAAGUUAUUGGUGCCUCUUGCAUAUAUAAAUUCAAUCGAAUCGAUGGAAUUUCUUGUCAAAGGAAGUAGAGGACAAGCAGAUUUAAUUAUCCACUAGCUCGUUUCUCUUAAA